CGCGAUGGAGCUGGAAGAAGACAACGGUUCAUCUCCUCGGGGCGUCCCCGAGUCGAUUGAACGUGUCGAACUGCUGGAGGUUCCGCCAAAAGUAUUUGAAAGCCCGCUGCGACGAUCUGCAGAGAUCAAAAUGCGCCAAGUCUUCAUCGGGCUGUGUCCAGUGGAAAGUCAAGGAUGGCUCCCAUAUGUUUAUAAGAAAACCCGACGGCCCUAUGUUUUGGUCGCUUGGGAAGAAGAGCUGACGCGAUAUGAUUAUGAACCGGAUGAAGUUGAAGUUGGCCCAGACGAAGAUUUGACGAUUGAACGCGAACCUGGCCAGUCCACUGAGGAACUGUUGAAUAGGUGGAAAAUAACCCAUUCGAAACACGACAUUGUGGAAAUGGGCCGUACCACGCGCAAUAUGUACGAUGUGAGAGCCUUUUUCGUACAAUGGAGGCGAGAGCACAGUAGUAGACCGGCAACGUAUCCAUACUGGGAACCAUAUGGGGUCCGGCUAACGAAGUUCAUCAACGAGUUGGUCGACUUUCUGGUUACAGAUGACCCGGCGUGGAGACUUCCUGUCCCAAUUCGUCAGGGAGGCCAAAAGAUAUAUGUCCCAGUAUACCAGAAUUUUGACAGCCCGCUCAAAUACGUUCGGUGGUAUCGACAGCAACGGAAGCAGAAACGGCGCGAUUCUGGCCCCCCAAAAGUUAUCGAUAUUGGCGAAGAGAAAUUAAAGCGGCCGUAUUCAGCAAAGAUACGAUAUGAUGGACGACUAGAUAUCGACAUAAGUCCGAAAUCUGCUGACAAUACCGACGAUUCCGAUGACGACGAAGAUCCCCACUCACGAUCUUCAUCUAUACCACAUCCUGCCGAAGGCACGUCAAACGGAGCGAAAACUGAAGAAGACGUAGUUGUUCCCUACAUGAACAUAUUAAUUUUGAUUGUUGGCAGUCGCGGUGACGUGCAGCCUUUUGUUGCUCUUGGAAAAGAGCUCAAAGCUUUCGGCCAUCGAGUUCGGCUGGCCACACAUGACACCUUCAAGCAGUUUGUGCGCAACGCGGGUUUAGAAUUCUUUCCGCUAGCCGGAGAUCCGGCGGAGUUGAUGGCAUAUAUGGUGAGAAAUCCGGGUCUACUUCCGGGAAUAGCCAGUAUCAUGGCUGGUGACGUUGGAAAGAAGCGUCGAAUGAUCACGGAAAUCCUAGCAUCAACUUGGGAGGCAUGCAAUGCUCCCGAUGUCGAAACCGACACUCCCUUCAUUCCUGACGCUAUCAUAUCCAACCCUGUUACAUUCGGGCACAUCCACUGCGCGGAAAGGCUCGAAAUCCCACUUCACAUGUUCUUUACCAUGCCAUGGAGCCCAACCAAGGCGUUUCCUCACCCUCUUACAAACGUAACCUACGGAAAGGCACCAAGACCAACUGUUAAUAUGUUUUCAUACUAUUUGACAGAGUUGCUCACUUGGCAAGGGUUAGGGGAUCUUAUUAAUGAUUUCAGGAUCAAAACUCUGAAGCUCCCUGCACUUUCAACGUCCGUCGCACCAAAUCUGAUCAGUGGCUUGAAGGUUCCAUUUACGUAUUGUUGGACACCGAGCUUGAUUCCAAAGCCGCCAGAUUGGGGAUCGCAUAUCGACAUCGCGGGAUUCUUUUUCCUUGAUUUGGCCACGAACUAUACACCACCAACCGAUCUUGCUGCCUUCCUAGCGGCUGGACCCCCACCAGUUUACAUUGGAUUUGGCAGCAUUGUGGUCGAUUAUCCUGACAAGUUGACUUCCCUCAUUUUUUCGGCUGUGGAAAAGGCUGGCGUCAGGGCUGUGGUUUCGAAGGGCUGGGGAGGUAUAGGGGGAGGUGCUGUGCCAGAGUCUGUUCUUUUGAUUGACAACGUCCCACACGAUUGGCUCUUCGAGCACUGUGCUGCCGUAUGCCAUCACGGCGGAGCAGGAACGACGGCUGCAGGACUUCGAGCUGGUAAACCUACCAUUAUUGUACCCUUUUUCGGCGAUCAACCGUUUUGGGGAGCUAUGGUGGCGAAUCAAGGCGUCGGCCCGUCACCUAUUCCUUUCAAGCGACUGACAGUAAGGAAACUCGUUGAAGCUCUCAACUUUACCAAGUUACCUCCAACUCGGCAACGUGCUAGCGACUUGGGAGCACGUAUGCGCGCAGAAAAUGGUGUCAAAGAAGGUGUUCGAUCAUUCCACCGACAUCUUCCUCUUAACGACAUGCGAUGCGAUAUUCAGCCCGAAGCGAUGGCUACGCUUUGGUGUCAGAAGCGCCACUUGAAAUUAUCGGCAAGCGUGGCGGAGAUCUUGAUCGCAGCCGGCAAGAUUGAGCGUAAAGAUUUGGAAAAGUACAGCACGAAAUACUGGGAUUUCAAAAAGAUUGGGCAUGACGAUCGGACCCAACAAGCUGUAGACGAGUCGCAAAUCCUCUCUGACGCGUCCAUUAGCGGUACCUUUCCAGAAUCGGGCGUUUGGAGAUGGCAUGAUGGUAAGGUGACAGAGGAUGGGCUCCCAGAUAAUCAGCUUCCCCCCGUCAAAGGUGCUGGAAAGUGCAGAGUCGCUGAGUACUCGCAUUCAUUACCAACCACUCGUCCUGGAACCGAGCAACAUUCGCGAUACAGUCCUGUGGAAAGCCUGCACAACAUAAAAGAUGCCAUACGCGGCGCAUGGGGACGUUCUGGACGAAGGUCCCCACGUCCCCAUGCCAGUCCUACAGAGUCUCCAACUGGGAAAACCCCCGUGCAAAUGCGCACCAUGCAAUGGGAUGGUACUGGAAUUCCUCGGACCGCAUCUUCCCCCGCGGCAUCCGCGACUGGUGAACUUGUAGCGCCAACCUCACCCAACAUGGUCCGCGUCUUGUCCAGUUCCUCGCCAACGUCUGAUGCUCAGCAAAGCGCUCGCAAUCAAGUGCUGCCAAUUGAUUCGAAACCACCCACGAAGCGAACUGUCCGAGUGUCACGAGUUUUGGCUGGUGAACAACCUGUGCCAAUUUCAAGCAAAAACAUCACUGUCAAGGAGGGUAAUCUCCCUCUUCGCGCAAAUAUGACCAAACCCCUCCCACCCGUUCCUUCAGCUCCCGUGAUUAGCAUCAGCGACGAAUCCAUCGAUACGUAUCCUGAAGGCCGUCGCUCCUGGGAUCAAUUGAAGCCCAUUCAGUCUAUAGCCGAAGAAGGUACCUAUGAAACUAGCCAGGAUCCCCUCGGCACGCCGAUGCAAUCGACACUGAGCGUCAGUGAACCCGAGUUGAGUAGAUCCAGGUCCCAUUCUACACCUGUUAACAGCAGAGGUGGCGAGGUUCUGGACACGAGAGCAACUGGGAUGCCCCGCUCGCGAACCAUGGCCGGCAUAAAUGGUCGAAUCGCAAGUGCUACGGCACACCCGGCGCAUGUGAAGGGGGCACUGGCGUUCCGCAUGCCGCCAUUACCUGUUGAGGAGGUUGCUGAGACACAUCAGGUAGAGGCAUCGGAAAAGCCGAAACAGAACGUGGAGACGACUGUACUGGACGGGGCGGUUGCAGUUGAGAUUAUACGGAGGUUUAAUGAGCUGUGUGGAGAGUAGAUAUGGUUAAUCUGUAACAUUGCUGGUUUAUACAAAUCUUGUAGCAUAGGUUUUGGUUGUACAUGAAUAAUAUCCAAUGCGUUUAGAGUGGUGGAACCCGUCCUCGAUGCAGGACUUUAUCGUUACACAUCAGGAUGAGGUAAUAUCAGUCUUUUUAUACAAAUAGUGACUACAAACAGACUACGGUAC